AUGGCUGCGGCGGCGGCGGGCGAGCAGCAGCAGCAGCAGCAACAACCACCUCCUCCCCUUCCUCAUCCUCCAGCGGCGAAGGAGCAGCGGCCUGUCCGUCCCCCGCCUUCGCUGCGGAGACGAGCAGACUCCCGGCGCAGACAGGACGCCCUUCUCUUCCUCAAUAACAUCUCCCUGGAUGGCCGCCCCCCCAGCCUCGCCCCCGGCGCCCGCAAGCUCCCGUCUCGGCCCUCCGAGGAGGAGGCGGCGGAGGAAGGGGCGGCGGCCGGAGAGCCCCCCGCCGGUCCUGCCUGCCCCGCCGCCCCGCCUCGGCCGGGCCCUCCCAACGGGCCCCCGGCUUUGCUCCAGCAGCUGCCCAAAGACAGCCCCCUGCCUCCGGCCCGGGGCGAAGCCUUCCUGCCUCAGUUUCCCCAGCUGCUGCUGGGCUCCCCGGCCCCCGCCGCCCCUGCCCCCGGGCCGUCCGGGGCGGGGGGCAAGAACGCGCCCCCCGCCCCCCAGGGGCUCCUCAGCCCCACCCAGACCAGCUCUGCCUUCACCCUGGAGGUCCAGCGGCAGAGAAGGCGUUUUAUCUCCCAGCGCUGCUCUCUAGAAUUUUUAGAAGACAUAGUGGAAUAUGCCACUGUACAAAGAACCAAACAUUUAUCUGGAUCGCCACGGCACAAAAGCUUGAAGAAGACUCAUUUCAUUAAGAAUAUGAGGCAGUACGAUACAAAAAAUAGCAGGAUUGUACUGAUUUGUGCUAAAAGAUCUUUGUGUGCAGCUUUUUCAAUCUUGCCUUAUGGAGAAAACAUACGAAUCAGUGACAUGAAGGUGGAAAUCCAGAAACAGCGGCAUCCUUCGGGUGGAGUUUCAGUUUCUUCUGAGAUGGUCUUUGAAUUAGAAGGGGUAGAACUCGGUGCUGAUGGAAAGGUUGUUUCUUAUGCAAAGUUCUUAUAUCCAACCAAUGCUCUUGUUGCACUCAAAAGUGAAAACCAUGGGGCCGUGUCUCAGUGUCGAUCCAGUGUUCCACGGACUCUGCCUGGAUCAAGAUAUAAAUCCUUAACAGCUAAGACUGUGCCAACAGGCACAGAACUAGGAAGCGAAAUGGGAGAAUCAAUUGAGUAUAAUCCUAAUCUCCUUGAUGAUCCUCAGUGGCCCUGUGGAAAACACAAGCGUGUUCUCAUCUUUGCCUCUUACAUGACCACCGUAAUAGAAUAUGUGAAACCCUCAGAUCUUAAAAAAGACAUGAAUGAAACUUUUAAAGAGAAGUUUCCUCACAUCAAGCUGACGUUGAGCAAAAUUAGAAGCUUAAAACGAGAAAUGAGGAACCUCUCUGAAGAAUGCAGUCUGGAACCAGUCACGGUGUCGAUGGCUUACGUUUACUUCGAGAAGCUCGUCUUACAAGGCAAACUCAACAAACAGAACCGCAAACUGUGUGCUGGUGCUUGUGUGCUGCUCGCCGCGAAGAUCAGCAGUGAUCUCAGGAAAAAUGAAGUGAAACAGCUUAUUGAUAAAUUAGAAGAAAGGUUUCGAUUCAACAGAAGAGAUUUAAUUGGAUUUGAAUUUACAGUGCUCGUAGCUUUGGAGCUGGCCCUUUACCUUCCUGCAAACCAAGUUUUACCUCAUUACAGACGUCUCACGCAGCAGUCCUAGCCAAAGCUGCGUCCUAACAGCAGAGAGACUGACAUCUUUACUUGGCACUUGAUAGGCUGAAUAGUGACGGCCUUCCCAGCAACCUUUUCGGUGCCACAGUGUGCAUCAUGCCAUAUACCGGGCUGGACCAGGAAUUGAAAGCGCAAGUCAAAACAUGCUGCAUUCUCAUCAUCACAUUGAUGUUUUAUGGGGAGAACGGGAUCCUUGGCACCAAGGGCAUUUCCUUUGGACACUAAAGCACAAAAUGAUUCACAAAUCAGUUGCCAUUGUAGUUGACUAUUCUUCCUAUGCCUGUUAGGCUUAACUAGAAGAGGCCAGUUCUUUCUUCAAAAGAUGUGAAGCUACUUCUUUUAGAGAUUUUUAACCUUUAUUUACUUUCUCAGAAUGAAAUGUUACUUCCAUUCCAAAAUACAUGAUGAUGCAGUUCAAAUGGUAUUUCUAUGACCUUCCCUGCAUUUUACGUGAAUGAAAUGGCAUACUUUUUAAAAAUUGUGCUUGAAUCUAACUGGUCUGGUACCAGUACAUUAUGUAACUUAUGUUGCAAAGUUGUAGAUUCUGAAUUUAAAUAUCAUUUUAUCCUUUACCUGAAUUUGCCAUGCAUUUUGGAUAAACAUUUCCAAUAACUGCACUUGCAUUACUAAGGAAAUUUGGAUUCUACAGCUUGGCAAGCUUACUGAAGUUUGACUUUAUUUAAACAUCGAUAGAUGAAAAUAUAUUAAAUUUGUUUGAAGUAUGGAUUCAGAAACCAAUCAUCAUGAAAUACACUUGUUAACCAAGAUACCUGUUACCAAGACAAAUGAUUCCACAGGAGGCAAGCGGUAAUACUCAGUUCCUAAAUUAGGGGUUAUGUUCUUGAUCACCACAUAGUAAGGAAAACCCACAGUAGUGUACGCACACCUUGAUCGGUGCCAUUCCUUGUAUCAUCACAUUGCAUUUUACCCAGAUAAAUGUGCAUUGCUUGGAGAACAUUCUCCAAUUCCAUAAUGUUCUAUCCAAAAGGAAGUGAAAAAAUUCAUUUUGAAAGAAUUAAAAGUAUGGGCCCAAUAGGGUGAUCAUCCCAGUUACUUGUUUCAUGACUCAAAGCAAAGCACAUUUUUAUAUAUAAUAGUAUAUUUUUUCUCUUGCCUGCCUGCUCCCCUCAUAAGGUGUUUUCUGCAAUUAUAGUUUUCUUACCAAAUUAAGCCAAUUUUUAAAAAAAUUCUAUUUUUUUACUCAAUUUCUGUUCUUCCAAGCAUCGUGCCACUGUGAUGGUCUUCUGGAAUUGGUAUUUGUUGCGUACUGAAGUGGGCACUCAGCGGUCUUUACCAUACCACUUAUGCCAAGAAUUGAUCCAUCCUUCACCAAUUAACUAAGAACACAUUAUCUCCAUCAGCAUGCAAAAUGUUUGGAUGAAAUUUUCAACACUUUGAUCCUUUGGGAGUUAUUCGAUUUUUGACUCUGCUAAGCAAUAUCGUGAUAAAUGGAUGGGGGAAGAUUUUUGUGGCUUGAGGCUAUUUUUGUUAAGGAACAAGGAUAACAGGAUUUUGAUUAAAGAAAAUAUGUUGAAGGUGUAAUUGACUACUAAACUGCCUCUGAGAAAGAGGACUAGUUGUUUUUCUUACAUUUAAGUACUGUAAAUUUCGAUUCCAUGAUUCCUAGCUCCGUUACAUGCAUUGAGUGAAUGUGCACAAGGUACCAGCAUCAGAUUAUGAAGACUACUUCUUUGCAAUAGAAGAAGUCCAUGAAGGCAUGGACUGGACUUUUUAUUGUACAAGCAGCCAACUUUAUGAUGCUUUCUUCCUAAGUAAGUCUUGAAUGUUGUUCUCUCUCUAUAUAUUUAAUUCCACUACUGUCAGUCCACUUGUAAAUCUAGUAGCUGUGUAGUAAGUUUUUUUGUGUAUGUAUGUAAUUUGUGACCAAUGUUCAGGCUUCAUAAGCUUUAUCAAGAGUUAUCCAUAACUGUUCCGUCUGCAUGGUCUGUUACUGAGAUGAGCUCUACAAAAUACUCAUUUAAGCUUGGCAGUUGACACAGCUGAACAUUUAAGAAACUUGGGGUUAUAAAGGCAGUGUUCGUGAGCCAAUUUACUAAACGUGCCAACUCAUGAAGGGGCAAUUGGUCUUCUAUCCCAUGUGUAUAAAUUAACCCUCUAGUCUUGCUCAACCCAAGAACCCAUCAGUCCAGUUUGGCUUAACUCACUUAAUGUAGGCUUUGGCAAGGGGCCCUUAGGGUGUGGGGUCAUAGGAACAGUCUCUCCCAACCCCCUGCCUUCAUCCCCUGCCUAGGCUAUCCAUUAAAAGGCAAAAAUAGAUCCGGUGAGACAGCACAGGUCUCUGUGGGCCCAGAAAUCAGUGGCAGGUGCCUGAAGGAUGUGGCAGUGUAGCCCUUCCCCUGCUCCUUCCCUGGUGAGGCCUGCCCUGGAGCACAGCUGGACCUCACUGCCAGUCUGAGUGAUUUAUUGAGUGCUUGAGAGAGUUCAAUAUAACUAAGUUCUUAGACACCAUCCCCUGAUCCCAGGCUCAGUCUUGGAGGCUUCUUGGUCUUAGAAGCCUACCUUCAGCUGUCUGAAAACUUGUCCAUACCUUGUGAGUGGUUCCAUCCCAGAAUGUAAUAAUGCCUACACCUUCUGGUGUCUAUUUUAACUAUUUCUCUUGUAAAUAGUUCCCUAGUUUGAGCAUAGUCCUAUUUAUCUGCUCCACAAACCUGAAAGUUACAUUUCCCUUCCUUAACAGUAGUUCUUUAUCACAGAGUGUGCCAUAGAAGUGGAAAUGAUGUAAAACCACAGAAACCAUAACCCAGAAUUUGUUGAAAUCCCUACCCUUGUUUAAAUUGGCUGUUAAGGCCCAGUACUCCACUUCCAACUUUCCAGGGCUUCAAGUUUUAGGGGAGAGUGGAAGGCAAAGUUGGAAAGCAUCUUACUGUAGGGAUUUUCCAAUUAGGGGAGUGUGCAAAAGGUACAUUCUCAUGAAUCCACCUCCUUCCUACCCAAUUAGUGAACAUUUUGGCAUAUGUUAACAGCUUGUAUUUGUAUCUGCUUUGGUUCCUGCACACCAGAAAAUCAUGUCAGUUAAAACCUCCUGUACAUUGGUUUAACCUUGACCUGAUUCAUGCUACAGGAACUAUUUCAAAGGGAUAUUUAUAAAAUCAUUUACAACUUAUAUUAGGUACUGUUUUUAUUUUCCUCCAGAAUUCAUGAUCAGACAACACAGACUCUGUUGAAGAUUUGUCAUCAAAUUUUUAUUUUAGUCUAUUUUUAGUCAUGUCUCUUGGGACAAAUGUAUUUAAUGUUAAAGCUGCUGCUGUGUGGCAGAAAAGUAUUCCCACAAGUCAGCAGUUUUUCUGCUUCCCCCCCACUUUCCUUAAGUUGUUUUUUAAGAAAGAGUCAGGGCAGAGGGUGGGAAGGUUAGUUGGGCUUGUGGCCAAAUAAUCUAAUUAUGUUGCUGUCUUUUUUCAGCACAACGGACACUCAUGUACACGUGUAAACAAUUCUAAUUUUGUUCAAGUACAUUUGUCACAUGUAAUGUCAAAAUAGAUCAUGAAAUUGUAAAACUCAAGUGCUGUGAAAUAAAACUUGAUUUUGAUA